UCUUUCAAUAAUAAUCUUGGCGAUUUUUGGAGAAUUCUCGCGGACAAAAGAUCUUUUUCUAUUGGUCAGGAAAUAUUUUCUGAACGGAAAUUACCAAUCGAAUGAUACUUAUUACCUUUGGAUUAGAAAGUCACGUGGUUUGAUUAUUGUCGACUAAAUUUUCUAAAAAAUGUCAGAAUGGCUGAAUCAACCGAUCAACUCGUGUUACGAGAAUCUAAAAAAAUUAUAACGAGUCAAAAACAAAAUGAACGAGCUAUUGCUAAGAAACACGUUUUGAAAAAACGAAUUCCUCUCUGUUUUCCCAAGCGAAAUAAAGACAUAUACAUCACUAAUCGGACAAGUUUUAAGGCUCAACUAAACAGAUGUGAAAAACUUCUGGUUUCUGGACAACCGGAAUUAAUAAUCCAUGCUCUCGGAGCUGCUAUUAACCGAGCUUGUAAUUUGGCACUCCAACUAAAAAAUAAUCACUGUGGAACAUUGGAACUGGAUAUCAAUACUUCGACGGUUGAUUUGAUAGACGAUCUUGAACCUUUAUACGACGAUGGUGACUACGAGAUAAACAAUCGUCAAAAUUCCUCCAUACACAUACGAGUGUAUCAAACAGUACCAAUAGGAGCUUUGAAAUAUGCAAAAUGAGCAGUCGUUCGAAAAUCAGGCAGUAAUAACUGAGAGAAAAAUUAAUAAAGAUUUAAUCUUUUUGAUUUUUGAACGAAAUGUUUGCCUGAUAAAGCUGAAUAUAAUCCUUUAAUAAAAUCAAACCUUUGGAAUAGAGAUAAAAAA